CCCAAAGGCAAAGAGAGCAGUAUAUAUCUCACUCUCCGCUUCAUUUAGCGUUAAUAGCGGCUCACCGGUACGCUAAAGCUUCUUCUUUUAUAACUCUCUCAAUUUCUCAUCCGAAUUACAAUUUUCAUUCUGUUAGGGUUAGGGUUUCAUCGCUCUUCCUCUCUCGCUUAAUCGCUACGCUUUUUCUUUCAAUCCUCCUUCGCUUUCCUUCUUCGUAGCCAUGGAUUCUUCUCUCGUUAUCAAGGCGAAAUAUGGAGAUGCCCUUAGGCGCUUCAAUGUUCGUGUGGAUGAGAACAAUCGGUUGGAUCUUAACAUGGUUGGGUUGAGGUCUAAGAUAUGUUCUAUUUACAAUUUCCCUGCUGAUGUGAAUCUAACUCUGAGAUAUGUUGAUGAGGAUGGCGACUUGGUGAAUCUUGUGGAUGAUGAUGAUUUGCAUGAUGUGAUGAGACAGCAAUUAAAAUUCUUGAAAAUUGAUGUCCAGAUGAUCAAUCAAUCUGGUGCUAAAUCUGAUGCUGGUGGCUCUAGUGGGAGUGCCACCCCUUUGUCAUAUCCUCCUGUCUCAGACCCUUUCCUGAACUUUGUUAAAGCUGAUGCUUUGCAAGCUCUGCCGGAGCCAAUACGCGAGGCUCUUUAUUCAUCAUUUUCCAAGGCUGCAUCUUCAAAUCCAGUGCUAGCAAAUAUUGCUGAUUCAAUUUCCAAAAUUGGACAGUCCAUUCUAAACCCUCAAGGCCAAUCUCACGUUGCAAGUGGUACAAGCUCAAAAAACGGCCUUCCCAGUGAAUCUGUCACUCCUAAAGCAAAAGGUCCGCAGUCUCCAUGUGUGGAUUCUGCUCCCAUUGCCGGUGACUAUGCUAGAUCUAGUGGAACUGCCAUCCCCUUAAGAUCUCCUGGGAAUGUUGUUAAAACUAAUGUUUCAAAUUCUGUGCUACAGGAGGCUCUUUCUAAUUUGUCACUUUCAAAACCUGCAUCUUCGAGACAAGUGCCUUCUAAUUCCACUGAUUCGAUUCCUCAGACUGGACAAUCUACUGUGAAAUCCCAUUACUGGGGGCCACCUGUUGCAAUUGGUACAAGCUCAAAGAAUGAUGCCAGUGGACAGGUGGAGUCUAAAAAUACUGGAGUUGCCCCAGUUGAUCUCAAUGUUCUUCCAUGUGAUCCCUAUUCAUCGACUAACGUAAAUAGAGUAUCACCUUCAUCAGCAGUCCCUGUUAGUGAUGACAAGGGUAAAUCGUCUAUUGAUGACAAGGGCAAUUUUGUCUUUCCAAAUAACAAUGCAACCAAGAACCCUACUUUAGGUUUCAGUGCUCCUAUUGACUGUCCAUUUUCUGGGACACAUACUCUUCAUUCAAUGCCACCUCCUCUGGGAAACUUUCGUAUUUCUCCAUUUAAAAGGAGCCAUGCUCACUCUGAUGCAUUGAAUGGCAUGUUUCACAAGGGGGUCCGUUGUGAUGGUUGUGGAGUGUAUCCAAUAACCGGACCUCGUUUCAAAUCCAAAGUAAAAGAAAACUAUGAUCUAUGCAUCAUUUGCUUCAAUGAAAUGGGUAAUCAGAUUGAUUAUAUCAGAAUGGACCGUCCUGCAUCUUUUCGUUCCCCAAGAUGUUCAUAUCAGAAUACCAAAGAAUUUAGACACCCAAAGAUACCACCCCCUAUUUUUAAAACAGGUCCUCUAUCAAAGCAUGCAAAGUCUAAGCUAGACAGUCGGUUCAUUUUGGAUGUUAAUGUCAUAGAUGGAACAAUGAUGGCUCCGUCUACUGCAUUCACAAAGAUCUGGCGGAUGCGCAACAAUGGCACUUCAGUGUGGCCAAAGGGAACUCAACUUGUUUGGAUUGGAGGUGACAAAUUAAGUGACUCCCUUUCUGUUGACUUAGAGGUUCCUGAGGACGGUGUAUCCGUGGAGAAAGAACUUGACAUUGCAGUUGAUUUUAGAGCACCCCAGUUACCUGGCAGAUACAUAUCAUACUGGAGGAUGGCAUCUCUCUCUGGACAUAAAUUUGGCCAACGUGUUUGGGUCCUUAUACAGGUCGAUGCAUCUCUCAAGGACUCAUUUUAUGAUAGCUCGCAAGGUCUGAACUUGAAUAUUCCCCUUGGUGUUGGUAGUUCUGAAGGGCCUCGGGUUAUAGAUAUCAAUGUUCAACCUAUUGAGGAUGAUGUUUUUCAUCAACCUCAAAAUCCCAAUGCUCCCCCUGAACCUGUGAAUCAAAUGGUUGAUAAGGAACAAUGGGAGGAAUUGGGAAAUGAAUUUCCUACAAAUGAAACUAGCUUUGUUGGCCCUGCUGCCUCAGCCCCUGCAAUUUCAGCGUCUCCUUCAUCUAUUUCUUACCCCAUUAUUGAUUUCUCUGGCACAGCCCCAGCUGUUCCCUCUUUCUCUGGCACAGCCCCAGCUGCUACGCCUUUCUCUGGCACAGCCCCAGCUGCUACGCCUUUCUCUGGCACAGCCCCAGCUGCUCCCUCUUCCUCUGGCACAGCCCCAGCUGCUCCCUCUUUCUCUGGCACAGCCCCAGCUUUUCACUCCAAUCAGCAAACCUCAACUUUGGAUGCACUUUCAUCAUCUCAAAGCAUGGAUAAUGAUCUUGUGGAAGAGGCUCUCCUUAAAGAGCUUGAGGCUAUGGGUUUUAAGCAGGUUGAUUUAAACAAAGAGGUUCUGAGAAUGACAGAUUACAAUCUAGAGCAGUCAAUUGAUGAACUCUGCGGUGUUCUUGAUUGGGAUCCUCUCCUUCAAGAGCUACACGAAAUGGGUUUCCGUGACAAAGAAACAAACAGGAGGCUACUGAUGAAAAACGAUGGAAGCAUCAAACGUGUUGUUAUGGAUUUACUCAAUGGAGAGUAGCUUUUAAUUACAUGGCAGUAUAUGUUUAGUUGGCAAAACGUUCUAUGAGAACACUAAAUAAUCGCUGCUAGGCACACUACUAUCUAUCUAGUUUCUUUGCUUGAUCUUUUGUUGUGGUGCUAUGUCAUUGCAAUUGAACAAUUUGAUCGAUCUUAUGUUGUGUGUUUAUGCAACACAAGACUGUUUAAUCAUUUAUACCUAUGACUUAAGACUGUAUUUUUCAUGUGUACGUGUGUAUGUGUAUAUUGCUACGCCAUUCUAUCUUGAUUUGGAACCAACCUUUUUUCCUCA